CAUCACCAUAUGGAACAACUGCGGCCUAGUCGCCCUGGGGCCCUACCUAGUUUUCCUGGCGGAUGCCGCCGGGCACGGAGCGCCUCCCCCGGCAGGAGUCGGGAUCGAAGAACGUUGCCUUGCGAAAUGGGCAACCCAGCAUACAAUGCACCGUACUUCUGGUCACAUCCUCCACCUAACCAGCUGGACAACAUCCUGCUCAUCAACACGUUGAAGGAGCAGCUGGUGAUGAUGGCGAUGAUGUUGAUGCUGGUGAUGGCGAUGAUAACGAUGAUGACGACGAUGGUGAUCAUGACUAUGGCGGUGUACAAUCUGGCAUCCAUUGACUGCAAGUGCCACUUUGAAUUUGGCAUCUGCGUGCUCCAGGUCUGCUCGCCGCAUCUCGCCGACUUUCGCAAAGUUGGAAACUUUCUGAAGGAAAAGUACGACACAAGUUCCGCCAUGCGGUUGGUGAGCCACAAGACGAGCGGUCGUCGCGGCGGUGCAGCCGGUGCCGUUACCGGCGGUGCCACCCGCUGGUCCCGCUGGUCCCGCUGGCGUCUGGAGCCGGUGAACGAGUGGUUGACGGCGCCCACGGCGAGCGAGCUGGUGCACGUGAGCGCCAGCCCGGACUACUGCGAGCGCGACGACGCCAGCGGCAUCCCCGGCGUGGUGGGGCGGCGGUGCAACGUCACCUCCGAGGGCACCGAGGGAUGCUCCGUCAUCACGUGCUGUGACAGAGGAUACGACAUCUCGCAAGUCACGGUGGAGAAGCAGUGCGGAUGCAAGGAACAACUCCGCUGGAACGUCAGGUGCAAGCUGUGCCCAUCGACCGUCGAUCAAUAUUUCUGCAAGUAGCCUCCAGCCACGGGCUGGGGGUGGCCUCGGCUGAAAUUGGACUCCAUCUGGUUUCAGCCAGGUGCUGUGGGGGUUUGGAGAUCCCCACAAAGUUGUUUAGGGCACCACAGCGUCCAGCAUGCCCAUCAUUACGAGCCGCUUUACACUAUACAUUACACUACUACAAACACUACACUUUGAUACACUACACAAUUCACUACCUUACUAUACACUUGUGUCAAUUUCCACAAUGCAGAAGCACUGUUUUUUGACCCUCAUCACUUGAAUGUGCUUAGUAACUAAGUGUUAUUCUUUUUACUCCGUUCUUGUUAACGCCAAAUCUACAAAACAUUCACUCGGCACACUGAGGAUUCACAAUGGGGUUCGGUGACCCUGUGGCAUCCAUCAUAUCCUUCACUGAGCCACGUUACACUAUAUCCACUUUACACUACACUACUUUACACUACACGUCUAUACAAUCUUGCCUAUAAAAGCCAUUUUCUGUGUGUCUGUGUUUGUCUGUGUCUGUGCGUGGACGAAACUUGCGAAAGAUUUGGCUCGCGAACCGUAGGGUUUACGUUCAAAGUACCCGGGUACCAGGCGAUAAGCCCCACGGUGAGCCAGCGCUGUUCUAUUUUCGCAUACGUCAACUUUAAAUAGUUAACAAUUUAGUGCUAUUAUUAUUAUUUUAAUAUGCAUCUGCACAUGCGCAGACAGCUGACCGGGGGUUGCCCCUAGCAACACACGUGCGUUCGGUGGAGGG